AGAAAAUUUAAACUUUGAAGUAUUUUUCAAUUUUCUCCCCUCAAAAUAAGACUGACCAAAGAACAUGAUUGGCGGCAACUAAAAAGUAAAAACAUGGCACACAGAGGAAAUAAAAACCAAGAAGAAAAAGGGAAACAAUUGAAGUUGAUACGCAUAUUGCUUCAUUCUCUCCUGAUUUUACCCUAAAAUCUAAGUCGGAAGUAGUGUUUCCUCAGUGUUGCAAAUGGGAAAGGAAGGCGAGGAAUUGACAGAGCAAGAGACUGCCAUAUAUGAUCGUCAGAUUAGGGUUUGGGGUGUCGAUGCUCAGCGAAGGUAUUCCAAAUCUCAUAUAUUUGUCAGUGGACUGAAAGGGACUGUUGUUGAGUUCUGCAAGAAUAUUGUCUUGGCCGGAGUAGGUAGUUUGACGCUCAAUGAUGAUCGAUUUGUAGCAGAAGAGCUACUGUCUGCUAACUUCUUAGUUCCUCCCGAUGAAAAUAUAACCCGCGGGAAAUCACUUGCUGAGCUUUGUUGUGAAUCACUUAAAGAUUUCAACCCCAUGGUUUCUGUUUCUGUUGAAAAAGGUGACCUGGCCAACUUCGAUGUUGAAUUCUUUCAGAAGUUCGAUGCUGUUGUCAUCAGUUGUUGCUCCCUUUUGACAAAAAAAUCAGUCAAUGCAAAGUGUCGCAAGUUGCCAAGGCGUAUCGCAUUUUACCAUGUAGAAUGCCGAGAUUCCUGCGGUGAGAUAUUUGUUGACUUGCAGAAUUACAGCUACUCCAAGAAAAAGAAUGAAGAAACAAUUGAAUGCCAACUACACUGUCCGAGUUUUGAGGAAGCCAUUGCAGUCCCGUGGAGAUCUCUACCCAAGAGAAUGACAAAGCUAUACUUUGCCAUGAGAGUCAUCGAGAGGUUUGAAGUGCUUGAAAGGUGCAAUCCUGGAGAUACUUGUGCGGAUGACCUUCCGAAUGUUUUGAAGUUGAGGAAGGAACUAUGUGAGGCGCAGUGCAUAAAUGAAUCUCAGAUCCCAGAUUCUCUCCUAGAAAGGUUGUUAGCAUCUGAACAUGAAUUUCCUCCAGUUUGUGCCAUUGUGGGAGGAGUCCUUGUACAGGAGGUUAUUAAAGCAAUAUCUGGAAAAGGGGAUCCCCUUAAAAACAUUUUCUUCUUUGAUGCCACAGACGGUAAAGGGAUAAUAGAGGACAUAUCUAAUGUCAACAGCUGAGGAGCUAGGAAUUCUAUUCAGGAUGAUCAAUGGCUUGUGGUGAAUACUGUUUAACAUAUGCUAACCUUAUUUGUGGAUUUGUCUAAUUGUCUCCUACGGAUAACCAUAUUUGAUUACUCCAAAUAUGACUUAGUUCACCUUAUGAGGUUAAUCUGAUUGCUGUUUAGUUCAACAUA